UAAAAAUGUCUGCCCCCAUGGAGGACUCUUUGCUCACAUUUGAUUUGUUUGAUGUUGUAAAAGGAGAUUUAAGAAAUUUUUUAGAUGACAAAGUGAAGAAUGGGAAAGUAUGCAUUGUUUCAAUCAUUGGUAAAACUACACUAGAAUGUCCUGAUUUCAAAGAACAUGUAAUUGCUGAAGCCCUCGGCAGACAUAUCUUUCAGUCUGGUGAUGCAAAAGAAAAGAAGAAAAAGAGUUGUGAAGUUAAAGGGUACUAUGACUUAGCUAAGCGUACAAUUUUCUUGUUGACUACUGGGAUAUCAGAUACUCAGCAACUUAUAAGUCAAUGCAAAGAGAUGGAAAAUGAACUUAAAGUGAAAAGUUUCUUAGAAGUUUGGAGUGAAAUUCAUUAUGAUUUUGCCAAAGUAUUGCUGAUGUUAUUUUGUAUGUCUCAUAUCAUAGUUGUAACUCAUCCCAGAGCCACUUUUGAUUUAAGCUAUGUUUAUUUAUUUAGAGCUCUUGAUACUAUGAGGUUAAAAGCAGUUCCUUUGUUUAAGGAGUUAUUGGCUGGAUCUGAUAUUUCUAAUGAUUGGUUGCAAAAUGGCAGACCAUGCUCUCCAAGAGUACUCUUUGUCUUUGAAUCUUCUCCUUUGAGUGAGAGUAAUACAUAUAUAAUGGAAGGUCGAAACAAACCAAAAAAACCAUCACCAUUGAAAAAACUAGAGCACUCAUUGGAAGAUCAGAUCUACCGAAUUUUACGCAAAAGCAGAGUUAUCACCAAUGUGAGCGGUAACUCCCUUUUUGCUGUUCCUGCAAAUCAAGAAUUUGUUUAUAUCUUUUCGACCAAACAUUACAUAACAGAUUUUGUUGGUUUCUUUUUGUCUCAAAUCAGAGCUCAUUGUCUGCAGGCAAAGGAAUCUGAUGCGACUGAUUCAAAGCCUAAGAGUAAAAGCAAUAACUUUGGAAUGAAUACUGGUUAUCCGGGUGAUUCCGGUUUCCCAUUUGAAAAUAUAAAUGCAAAUGAAAAUUCUCAUAGUUUUAUGAAAUUUUUGUUUCAACAUAUCAACUUGGCAUUAACAAAAGGAUUCGAUGAUAACGUUGGGCGCUAUCCAGUUCCAGCUUAUUUUGAACUGGUUUCUACUCAUACUUGGUUUGAAGUGGUAUCUAAACUGAGCUCCAUUUUGGAUGACCCGAAAGAGAGUAAAAGUCGAGGUCUACACCAAACAAUGAAAGCUACUUUAGAUACAGAUGUUAAAUUUUCUGAAGGGAGAUGUACUAAAGUGUUGCCUCUUGCAUCUGCUGCUUAUCAAGACAACUUACCUACACACUACACUGAGGAUUAUCAUCAAACAAGGCUGGCUCAUGCUUUACAUGUAUUCAGUGUUCAUGCUAGAGGACCAGCUGUACAAAGGUAUGCUAAACAAUUAAAAGAAGAUUGUGAAAGAUUGUGGAAAAAUGGCCAUCAGAUGUGUGAAGUUUUAAGUUUGACAGGAAACCAUUGUAUGAACCCAAUUCACAGAACUGAUGCUGACCCCUUGGAAGACAAAUCUUUACCAAUUAUGGCACAUUGCAGUCAAGUGAAGAUUGUAUCGACCUGUGACUGCGGAAGCAAGCAAGCAACGAGAGAUGAUCCUUUCGAUGUCAAAGCUGCAAAUUAUGACUUCUAUGCAGCCCAAAGAGUGCUCUGCUGUGGAGCUUUAGAAAAGAUUGAAUUUCCAGUAUUUCAAGCUAGCAGUGUGGAAUCACGGCCUGCACGUAUCUCUCCAAUAUCUGUUCCACUAGAAAAUGAAGCAUCUGAGGAGAAAACUAAGGACAGUAGUAAUUCUAGUCAUGGAAAUAAUCUCUCAAAAGCUGAACUGUCAGAAGGAAAUUCAGAGGAAGACAAUUCUUUAACAAAUGAAUUAGAACCACUAGCAACUGAUGAGCAGUCUCAAAGCCAAGCAGAAGAUGAACGAGAUGAAAUAGUCAUUAGCAUCCAAGAUGAAACUAUUCCUAGCAAAGAUCGAUGUCUCACCAGGCAACCCUCAACUACUGAAUAUUUACCUGGAAUGCUUCAUUCUGAAAGUAAACUUGGUUUACUACCAAUGUUCUCUUCUUGGUCUUUAGUUUGCUUGGGUCCAUCUAGUUUGUACUCCCAUAAUAUUGGCUUACAGGAUCAACCUGGGUUUAUUCUUGGCACUAAUUACCUGUUACCUUGGGAUGUUACUGUUAAACUUGAACAUAAAGAUCGUUCCUGGCCUCUUCUGUGGGAAGGUAAAAGGCCCCUGAAUUUGAAGGCAAAAAAAGCAUUUAGAGAGAGUCCUCAAUUCAAUGUGAAGAUAUUCAUUGGAGUUGAAUAUGAAUGCAAUAGAGGACAUCGUUUUAUGUGCUCUGCACCAGAUCGUGUAUUGAGAGUUACAAGUACAGGGCAUGUCAAAGAUAAUGCAUCUAAAAUUACAGGCUCUGAUAUGCCUCUGUAUUUUCCCUGUCCUUGCAGGUCAUCCAAACCUCAAAUUGCUCAGCUGAUGAGGAUUCAUGUUGUUACACCUAAAGCCCCUGUACAUGUAACUCUCCAUCCAAAAGUGCAACCAGCACCUGAGCCCUGUCCAUUGUUUUAUCCAACAAUCAGCGAGCCUUUAAAGCUUUCACAAUCUGCAUACUGGAUUUUGAGAUUGCCUUUUGUGUAUGAAAGUGAGCAUGGACCAUACCUUCCACCUAGAGAGCCAGUGCCAGUGUCUGCUUGUCGUCUGUUAAAAGGCACUUAUAACAUUGCAGAACAACAGUCAAAUCGAUGAAGAUGAAUAAGAUUCAAGGGAAUUUGUUGCUGAAUGUGCUCAUAAGGAAUGCAUUAUGCAAUCUGAUGUGGGAGAAAUAUUUUUAUGCAUCAAGAGUGUACAGACCAGGGGGAAACCUUGGAAGCUUUCUCAUGAGACACCUUGGAGCUCCAUCAGUGCAUAGUGUGAAAAAUUCAUCAAAUGUUUUCAUGCCAUUUAAAUGAAGAAUGCAACCAGUGUUAUGACUUUUGAAUGAUGGUAGUAAAUGAAAUUAUAACAACCAUGAAAGUAUGUCCUUUAUUACAUGUUAUGGUAUAACAUUUGAUAAAACAUGUAAAUAUUUCCAAAUUAAGGUUUUAAUUUUGGAAAUAGUUUUUAAAGUGAGUCGAUGCCUUAUCCUCCCUUUUUUUUGGCAUAUAUUCUUCCAUUAAGCUCAAAUAAGAGAACCAAUUCAAUAUCUAUUGAUAAUACAUCUUCCAAAAUUUAAAAUAAUAUUUUAAAUUCUGAAUGCUUCAACAUUCAGGUGGUUAUCUCAGAUUAUCAUUUUUUUUCUAUCUAUGUUUUUUGAAAAUAAGCUUUUCAUGAUCUAUACUGUAUUCUGUCAGAUUUUUU